GCCGCGGCACGCCGUCGGAGGUCGUACAGGCUCCUGCCAGGGAAGGGCUUGAACGUCGCGGCGGCGCUCGCUCGCUCGCGCGGUCUGGCGUGAUGGUGCCGGCGGCCUGCGGGUGCGGCGGUCUCCGCUACGAUUCCGCGUGUUCUCCUCUCCCUGAUAACCGCAUAUAAGAGGAAACACAGGCUUCAGCCGGGUCACCCGCUUCCCCAGUUCACCGAGAACGUCCUUCCCGUGACCCACAUUCACAGUUUUGGUCUGCAUCCCUACCUCUAGUAUUCCUUCAUCCCCACUUCCACUUUCCUCUGUCCAUCUGGGCUGUUCCUCGGGUAGCUAGGCCAGUGAGGGAGCCACACCCCACAGCCACAGGACAUGAGUAGAAGCCCGAGCUGGUCUGAGCAGCUCGAUGAGCUUCUUAAUGCAACUGAUGGAAAUAUGGCCCGGAUUAAGCAGAGUUUGUAUCCUCUUGGAGUUUCCAGUACAGGGGACCUAGCUGAAAAGUGCAUUUCCUCUCACCACUUGCCUCCCAAAUCAUGCCACCAAGCUGAACAGCCUUGGGCCCCAAAGACUCCCACGUCCAGAGAGAAACUGAGCUGCAAUGAGACCUACAGCCUAUCCUCUCUGUGGGUCGAAGUUACUAAUCUCCAGUCCUAUCUUAAAUCUCAGGCUCAGGUUACUGAGACUCUAAGGCAAGUUGUGCAGGGCUUGCUGGAGGAACGAGAGGAGCAGAUGCACAAGAUCAGUACCCUGGAAGCAUCACUAAGAUUGCUGCAGAGGACUCCAGAAAUGGGAGCCCUUCUGGAGCAAUGCCUGGAGGGGCUGAAAAAAGAAAUUCAGGGCCUUCGGAGCCAAGUGCAGGAUCUAGCCCAAGGCCAAAUGGAAAGGAGACCAGGAAAGUACAGUAGUACUAGUGGCUUUCACCAGAAGCUAGAAACUGAGCCCCAGCUCUUGUGGGAAGAGUUAGAAAACCAGCGGGAGGAACUGAAGUUCCUACAGGAUCAGCUAAGCCAGCACCAGGAGUUGCUGAAACAAAAGGCUCAGGGGCCCCAGGCUCAGGCCUGCAGCUGGAAGGUGUUGGAGCACCCACAAGAGGGCAAGGUUCACAUCCCGGAGGUUGCCAGGACAGAGGCCCAGGAUGCCCAGCAGGAGGAGCACAACCUCCUCAGGUCAGAAGCACCAUGGUACCUUUUGAGUCAUCCUAAGGUCACUGCUAUCUGAAAUCCAAUGUCAUGGCUUUGAUCACCUUGAGGAGGAACAUUUAUCACUUAUCUGAUGUCUGGAUACCUGGAGCCAUGGCUACCUUGAAGAAACAGCCUACUAGUUACAUCCACAAGGUAGCCAUAGAUCAUCUGUCUCCUUGGUUUAUUUCUCUACGACCUGAGCCAUUCAAGAUCAGAUUCCAUCAUGAAUGUUGUAAAAACUUCCACUCAGAAAAUGGAAAUGUUCUUCAUCCAGUUGGUGAACAGUAUUAUCUCAAGUACAUGACUGGAACUGGCUUGAACAAAGCUUUCAGAAGGAGAGUGAGCAGGUAUUUUGCAGGAGACUGAACGAUUUCACCUCAUCUGAAGAAGUGUUAAGUUUGCUUUCAAUUUGAACAAACAUGGGUUUGGUGACUGCUCUGCAGGCUCUGAGUAUGCUGCACCUGGAUCUUCAGCCCAAUGCCAGAAUUGUCUCAAAAGAGGAGGCCUAUGAGUCCAUCAUCUUUGUGUUUUUGGGGAAAGUCUGGUGAGACUACAGGUUCCAGGUUGUAUGACAUUAGAACUGAUUAUACAUCAGUUGUAAAGUGCAAGGCCGGAAACACUCCAGAGGACAUUGUGGCCCUUUAUAAAAUUCUCUAGGCAUGCCCUGAAAAAGUAGACCAACACCAAUCAUUUUGAAAUAGGAUAAACAACAUUUCCCUACCUCAGUCCUAACUCGAUCAGCAAAGUGCUCAGUGCAUUAGUGGUUCUGGAUCAAACUCAGGUACUUCCUCUUGUCUUAAAACUGGGCAGAUAUGCUGUGAGGCAUGUUCCUCAUUUUACUAGUGAAGAGCUCAGGAAUGUUCUGGAAGCUUUCAUGUAUUUUGGAUAUAAUGAUAGGUUUCUCACAAAAGCCCUGGAGCAGCACAUAGCUGGGCACCGUCUCACCUUGGACUCAGAAGUGACCAGCAGAUUGUAGCAAGAGAUUCUUUUGAAGCCCAUCCUUGAUGUAGCAGCAGAGACUUUUGUUUGCCACUUGGAAAAAUUUUCACCUGGUCAGAUUUAUGAAUUAAUUGAACCAUUUAGAAAACUCAUUUAUUUGCCACCAAAUGCCCCUGCUGUAUUUAGGAAGCUAGGAAAUGUGCUAUUCACUUAUUUCAAUUAUUUCCCACCCAAAACACUAUUGAGACUUCUCCAUACAUGAUCACUUAUUGGAUACCAUCCAGUCAACUUCAUGGCAAAAAUAUUCAGCCCUUUUUCCUUCAGCAGUUGCAAGGUGAAGAGCCAUAUUUGGACAGAUUGAGUCUGGCACAACUGACCCAACUUUUCCUAACCUCGGUUCUAGAAUGCCCUUUGUACAAGGGCCCAAAACUUCCUAUAAAUACCAAGUGAAAUCAUUUUUAACUCCAUGCUGUUUUUCUGGAGAUUCCUGUGGAUUUUUGCCUUUAUAGGUUUCUGGUGGUUGGACUGCUUGACCUUUUAGGAGCAAGAUGGUUGUUUUUUUUUUUCCAAGGUAGGGUUUCACUCUAGCCCAGGCUGACCUGGAAUUCACUCUGUCAUCUCAGGGUGGCCUUGAACUCACAGUGAUCCUCCUAGCUCUGCUGGUAUUUUGCUUCUAAAGUGCUAACGCCCUAUUGUUACACCAUCAAUACUGAGAUUAAGUUAGAUGAAGAAGGAUUUGUAUUGCCAUUUACAGCAGAGGAUGUCCAUAGAAGGGUAGCACUGUGCAUUGGUGGCCCCAAAAGGUUUUGCUAUGAGAGCAACCACUUACUUGGGAAAGAAGCAGUUAAACGAAGACACCUCCAGUUACUGGAUUAUCAAGUUGUUCAGGUGCCCUAUCAUGAGAUCAUGGUGCUUCAGUCAAGACUCGAAUUGGUGGAAUAUCUAGAGAGAAAUCUUUUCUCAAAACUCCAUUGUUUGUUGGUAACAAGAAGGAAAACUGGCUUCAGGAUUUGAAUAGUGACAGAACUGGUUCAAAGGGACACAGUUUAACCUGCAAGUUUGCCACUAUAUGGUAUUGUGCUUAUAGACUUAAAGACUUAGGGUCUGAAAAGGGCAUAAUAUAUACUGAAUAAAAUGUUAAUUAAAA